UUUGCAGACCCCUUUGCUGAUGCAACUAAGGGUGACGACUUACUCCCGGCAGGGACUGAGGAUUACAUUCAUAUAAGAAUCCAGCAACGGAACGGCAGGAAGACGCUGACCACUGUCCAGGGCAUUGCAGAUGAUUAUGACAAAAAGAAACUUGUGAAAGCUUUCAAAAAGAAAUUUGCCUGCAAUGGUACUGUGAUUGAGCACCCCGAGUACGGAGAGGUUAUUCAGCUUCAAGGGGACCAGAGGAAAAACAUUUGCCAGUUUCUCUUGGAGGUUGGCAUUGUCAAGGAGGAACAGCUUAAGGUUCAUGGAUUCUAAAAUGAACCUAAAUACAUGGAGAAUUUCUUGAAUAAUUUUAUUCUCUAAAUCCAGUUUGGCUGCCUUGUGAAAUGAUUCUCUGCAGUAAACGGACUUUUCAUUUAUUUAAUCAUUCAAACUUCCAUUCACAUCAUCUGCAUGAUUACAGAAAACAUGGGGUAUGUAGGCUAGUAACACAUAAGAAGAUUGCAGUAAGAUGGUAACGAAACCCCAUAUUCAUCUUAACAUGUUUCCAAUGGAAAAUAUUUUGUUUUGAGUGUUUAUUUGUUUAUUCAGUUUAUUACUUUUCACUUGAUAAAUGUUUUUUGUUGUAUUGAACCAUGUAUGUAGCAGCUUAACAAUAAAACCUAUGAAUUCUUCUGUGAACAGUUAGGGUCUCAAAUCUAAACGAGAUGCACAUAUAUUUUGUCUUUCAUAAUUGGUGUUCUCAUUCUGUAAGUAUUCUUUCUAAUUAGCUUCAGCUUCUGUUAAAACCAAAGUGAGAAGAUAACA